AUGCACUUUGCUAGAGCUUCAAUGGGAGGCUCAUGUUUCCAUGCGCUUCGUUUGAGGAGGUUCAAGAGCAAGCCUCUGCCAGAACCCUCUUCAUCUUCCAAGACCCGGUUGAAUUCCGACUUGGAAAAUAUGGAGAGAAGAAGGUUUGAUAGCUUGGAAUCAUGGUCGAUGAUAUUGGACUCUGAGAAUGUGGAGACAUGGGAAGCAUCAAAGGAGGAUCAAGAAGAGUGGACUGCUGACCUAUCCCAACUUUUCAUAGGUAACAAGUUUGCUUCUGGUGCUCACAGUCGGAUUUACCGUGGAAUUUACAAGCAGAGAGCUGUUGCUGUCAAAAUGGUCAGGAUUCCCACACAGGAUGAGGAGAGAAGAGGCUUGCUCGAACAGCAAUUCAAGUCUGAAGUGGCUUUACUUUCACGUCUCUUUCAUCCUAACAUAGUGCAGUUUAUUGCAGCUUGUAAAAAACCGCCAGUAUAUUGUAUCAUAACAGAAUACAUGUCACAAGGAACUCUGAGGAUGUAUCUGAACAAGAAGGAACCCUACUCUCUUUCCACAGAAACCAUACUAAGGUUAGCUCUUGACAUAUCAAGGGGUAUGGAGUACCUUCAUUCACAAGGUGUGAUCCACAGAGACCUCAAGUCAAAUAACUUGCUGCUCAACGAUGAGAUGAGGGUUAAGGUGGCAGACUUUGGAACAUCGUGUCUCGAAACACGGUGUCGGGAGACCAAGGGAAACAUGGGGACAUAUCGAUGGAUGGCACCUGAGAUGAUUAAGGAAAAACCUUACACUCGUAAAGUUGAUGUUUACAGUUUUGGAAUUGUGCUUUGGGAACUCACUACUGCUCUACUUCCCUUCCAAGGAAUGACCCCUGUUCAGGCUGCUUUUGCUGUUGCUGAGAAGAACGAAAGGCCUCCACUACCUGCUAGUUGCCAACCAGCACUUGCCCAUCUGAUAAAGCGUUGUUGGUCAGCAAACCCUUCCAAGAGGCCAGAUUUCAGUGACAUUGUGUGCACUCUGGAGAAGUACGAUGAGUGUGUGAAGGAGGGUCUUCCUCUGACCCAUCAUUCAGGCCUUGUCAGCAAAAACGCCAUUAUCGAACGCUUAAAAGGUUGUGUCUCUAUGAGCUCUUCCAUACCUGUACAGGCUUGA